AAUUAAGCUAUAAAGGCCUUCGGUCGAGCUGCCCAUAUUGCUUUCAGUGAUUUUGCAAAGGAUACAGACCAGGAAUUAAGUAACUCUAUCAGAUCCAGAAGUAUACAUCUGUAGAUUAAUGGCCACAACUACUGCCAACACGAACCAGGAUGAGAUGGAAUACUCAUCAGAAUUCCCAGAUGAACUGAAGCCAUCUGCUUAUCAUUACGCUUUGAGGUUUAUUCAACAAAACUACCCCCCCGACUUUUUCAAAAAGGUGGGUGCGGAAAUGAUAGCGACGUAUCUGCUUGUGUUUGUGACAUGUGGCUCGGCAGCUUUAAGCAAUGGGGGUGAUGAAGAGCAAAGAGUGUCUAAACUUGGAGCCUCAAUUGCGGGUGGCCUUAUUGUCACCGUCAUGAUCUACGCCGUCGGACACAUCUCCGGCGCCCACAUGAACCCGGCCGUCACCCUUGCCUUCUCCGCCGUUCGACACUUCCCCUGGAAACAGGUUCCGUUGUAUGGAGCAGCUCAAUUAACAGGAAGCAUACUGGCUGCAUUUACACUGCGGUUUCUACUGCAUCCCAUCACGAAUAAUGUCGGGACGACUUCACCCUCCGGCUCUCACCUUCAAGCUUUGGUCAUGGAGGCCCUCGUUACCUUCUCCAUGAUGUUCAUCACUUCCGCUGUCGCCACCGAUACCAAAGCUAUAGGGGAGCUUGCAGGUAUAGCAGUAGGUUCCGCUGUCUGCAUUACUUCCAUUUUGGCCGGACCGAUAUCAGGAGGAUCGAUGAACCCGGCGAGGAGUAUAGGGCCAGCCGUAGCCAGCGGGUACUAUAAUGGGUUAUGGGUGUAUGUGGCUGGUCCCCUGCUGGGCGCACUGCUAGGGGCUUGGACCUACUCCCUCAUUAGGGUUAUGGACAAGGGCAAUCCCGCACUCCAUUCACAUUCAUCCUCCUUCAAACUCCGCCGACUCACCACUCAGACCGACGCUUUCGAUGCCGUCUAGCUAUCAUUCCACAUUCAUAUUCUUUUUCAUGGAUUAUUGCAACAAGCAGCCUAGCUCCGCCUGCCUUAAUUUGUUGGUGUUCGGUCGAGCUUCUGUACGCACCCUUGUCUGCUAGUAUAUGCUCUACUAGCUGUGUAAACUGCAUGCUUUGUACUAUGGCUGGGACAGUGAUGCCACUUAUAUUUGCCAUCCAAAAUCUAAUUCCAGCUUAUAUAAAUGCCUAGGGCUAGAAUUAGAAUGAGUUUCUUCUGAA